AUGAUACAGUCCUCACCAAUGACAAAUGAUAUGAUACAGUCCUCACCAAUGGCACAUGACAUUAUACAGUCCUCACCAAUGACACAUGAUAUGAUACAGUCCUCACCAAUGGCACAUGACAUUAUACAGUCCUCACCAAUGACACAUGAUAUGAUACAGUCCUCACCAAUGGCACAUGACAUUAUACAGUCCUCACCAAUGGCACAUGACAUGAUACAGUCCUCACCAAUGGCACAUGACAUGAUACAGUCCUCACCAAUGACACAUGACAUGAUACAGUCCUCACCAAUGAUACAUGAUAUGAUACAGUCCUCACCAAUGGCACAUGACAUGAUACAGUCCUCACCAAUGAUACAAGACAUGAUACAGUCCUCACCAAUGGCACAUGAACAUGAUACAGUCCUCACCAAUGACACAUGA